UUUUUUUUGCCAGAAAACGAGGGAGCUAAUCACUCAUCAAUCUAUACCCACAAAAGUACAAAAACUUUUUAGAGAGAGAAACUAAGAGGAGGGACGACAGAGAUGUCAAACACAAACCCAUAAGAGCAAGCCAUGACCAAACAGACACUCCAGCUAAUCCUCCUUCACUGCAAUGUCUCUUUCAUCGGAGUACUCACCCGCCGGUAACUUGUUCUGCUGCGAGGACGCCGCCGAUGUGUUGUGCUCCGGUGAAGAUGCGUCGAUCUUCCGGCACCCUUCAUCAUCACCUUACCUCCUGCCCUACUCUCCGCCGUCCGAUGAGAUCACCAUCGCCGAACUCAUCGACGUAGAGUCACGCCUCAUGCCGGACCAAGGUUAUUUCCAUCGCCUCCGUGACUGUCCGAUUGACUUCACCAAUCGCGACAAAUCCAUUAACUGGAUCUUCAAGGUGCACGCUUAUUACCAGUUUCGUCCGGUAACGGCGUUACUCUCCGUCAACUACUUCGAUCGUUUCCUCUCGUGCGCUCCUCUUCCGCCAGCUGAGUGGCCGUUUCAUCUAUUAUCAGUGGGGUGCUUGUCUCUUGCGGCGAAAAUGGAGGAGCCUCGAAUCCCGAAUUUGCCCGACCUGCAAAUAUUCGAUCCGGGCUUCGUAUUUGACUCCAAGACUGUUCAGAGGAUGGAGCUCCGGAUCUUGACCCAACUCAACUGGAGAUUGCGCUCUGUCACGCCCUUCGAUUACCUGCAUUACUUCUUCUCCAAGCUCCCGACGUCCUCAUCCGAUCCUAAACCCGGAUCCGCGACCCAGUUCUUUAGAGCCUCCCAGUUCAUCCUUGCCACCGCUCGCGUGACUGAUUUCUUGAGGUUCGCACCGUCAAGUAUUGCAGCAGCCGCUGUGCUCUGUUCAGCCGGCGUGGCCUGUGACGUCUACCCCCAAUCGCUGCCAUGUUUUCAUGACAGAGUGAACAAAGAAAUGGUGGGAAGCUGUCAUCAAUUAAUGGAAGCGUACAUGGAUGACACGUGUCGCGAAGCCGUGGCGGCCCCUCCUUCGAGCCCCAUGGGCGUUCUCGACGCCGCUGCUCAUGCCAGCUCAGACACCCGUUCUGAGAACGCAGGCUCCACCACCCAAGCCGACCAGCCGAGGAGGAAGCGGCUGCGAUCCUCUGCGCCGAAUGUACAGCGCGUGUAGUUAAGACAAGCAUGAAUCCGAAAAACACAUGGAAGCUUUGUCUAUCAUCUAUCAUUUGCCAAAAAAGAAAGAACACAUAGUUUUAUUUAUCUGAUAAUUUUCCAUUUAUUUUCUCAAAAAAAAAAAGAAAAAAAAACAGAUAGAAGGGCAAUCAGUCAUUGAUCUAUAAUCAGAUAUGGUUUAGAUCAUCGGUUGAUUGCGGAAGUACCUGGUCCAGUUGGAGUUGAUAUUUGACAAUCACCGUAUUUUAUGGACAAUUAUUAUUAUCAUAUUAAUAUGAUAAUAGUACAGAAUCUAAUGAGUUUUUGCUGCGGCCUUUUACAAGGACGUUUGAAUUAUUACAAUUGACCAAGAAGUAUUGACCGUGGA